AAAUCAUCAUCAGAAAUAACAACAAUAGUAUAUACAAAUACUUCUGUACCACUCCUAUUGGACAUUAUGACGGAUGAUAUUCAUUCAACAAAUCAAUCUGAGUAACAAUAAAAUGAACAAGAUACUUAUAAACUAGCUGCUCAAUCUGACAAUUUGACAAUUGUAAAUUCAAUAAUUAUCCUAGUUUAACAAUAGAUGAGGAAACUUCGUUAAGUGAUAAAAUGCUUUUGACAUGAGUCUUAUCUCAUUAGGUGGUAGACUCUAUUGAGAUUAGAGAAAAUCUUCGUCUGAUCAUCUUUAAAAAACUUACUUUUGAGAUAUGAAAAGAUGGAGUUCGCUUUUCUUCGUAACAGAAUUUUCAAUAUUGCUGUCUCAGGAUAGAAGAUAUUCAGAAGUUUCUGACACUUACACACAAUGAAUUAAUCCUAUCAAGAACUUGAUUUUGAAGGUGAUCUGAAGAGAAAUUCACUAAAGUGACUAUUACGCAAACAAAAAAGAUCCAUUCAGAUUCCAAUCCCAAAAAAAAGUCAACUUUGUCCAUCCCUAACUCACACCAACGUUGGAGAUAUUACUUUUUUUACCAUUGAAAUCAUUUGAAUAUGCAUUUAAACAAUCUGUUAUAAAUUUAUUUUUAGGAAUAUUUGAUUAAUCCAGAUCCAUUAAUAGCUCAGGUGGAUGUAACAUUUCUUUUAGAAAAUCGAAUAUCAUUUAUUAUUGAUCAUAUUAAUAUUCAUGUUAUUUGUAGUAUGAAUUCGAAAUUAUUAAAUACAACAAGUGCAAAUUUAAUAUAA